UCCAGCGGCAGCAGUGGCUUCAUGAUAUCUCUUGGCCAUGACACACAUUUGACAUGCCCUCCCUUAACCCGCUCAGACUGUCUCUCUUGCCCUGCAGCAUGGACCAAAGAGAAAUUCUGCAGAAGUUCCUGGAUGAGGCCCAAAACAAGAAAAUUAACAAAGAAGAGUUUGCCAGUGAGUUUCUGAAGCUGAAAAGACAAUCCACCAAGUACAAGGCAGACAAAACCUAUCCUGCAACUGUGGCUGAGAGGCCCAAGAAUAUCAAGAAAAAUAGAUAUAAGGAUAUCUUGCCCUAUGAUCAUAGCCGAGUAGAGCUGUCCCUGAUAAUCUCGGACGAGGAGUCCAAUUACAUCAAUGCCAACUUCAUUAAGGGAGUUUAUGGACCCAAGGCUUAUAUUGCCACCCAAGGACCUCUGCCUAUGACUCUCCUGGACUUCUGGAGGAUGAUUUGGGAAUAUAGUGUCCUGAUCAUUGUUAUGGCAUGCAUGGAGUUUGAAAUGGGGAAGAAAAAGUGUGAGCGCUACUGGGCUGAGCCAGGAGAGGUACAACUGCAGCUUGGCCCCUUCUCCGUCUCCUGUGAAGCUGAAAACAGAAAAUCUGAUUACAUAAUCAGGACUCUAAAAGCCAAGUUCAAUGGCGAAACUCGAACUAUCUACCAGUUUCAUUACAAGAAUUGGCCAGACCAUGAUGUGCCCUCAUCUAUAGAGCCUAUUCUUGAGCUCAUUGGGGACGUGCGUUGCUACCAAGAGGAUGACAGUGUUCCCAUAUGCAUUCACUGCAGUGCCGGUUGUGGAAGGACUGGUGUUAUCUGUGCUAUUGAUUAUACAUGGAUGUUGCUGAAAGAUGGGAUAAUUCCUGAGAAUUUCAGUGUUUUCAGUUUGAUCCAAGAAAUGCGAACACAGAGGCCUUCAUUAGUUCAAACUCAGGAACAGUAUGAAUUGGUCUACAAUGCUGUGCUGGAACUAUUUAAGAGACAGAUGGAUGUUUUCACGGAUAAACACUCUAGAACAGAGAUUGAAGGAAAGUAUUCAGUUCCUGACCAAAAUCCUACCCUAGAAGCAGACUCUUAUUCUCCUAAUUUAUCAAAAAGCAGCAUAAAAGAAACAAAAAAAAUGAACCCGCAGAGCAAACAAAGGAUAAGGAUGAAAAAUUCAGAAGCUUCUUCCUGUGACCUGAGGACUUCUGAAAUAAGUAAAAAGGAGAAGUUAGUUUUAGACCCUGCUAAACAGAGCACAUCUUUGGACUUUUUGGAGCUAAACUGUGGUUGUAACAAAAAUGCUGACACUAACAAGCAAUGGGAGACAAAGUUACUUCCGAUAGCUGGGGAGCCUCUUCAGAAGCAUCAGAGUUUGGAUUUGAGCUCCAUUUUGUUUGGAGCAUGUCCUGAUUCUAAACCUGUAAAUGCAGCAGGAAGAUACUUUAAUUCAAAGAGACCAAUAACGCGGACCAAAUCAACCCCCUUUGAAUUGAUACAACAGAGAGACACCAAGGAGCUGGACGUUAAGGAGAAUUUUUCUUAUUUGGAAUCUCAACCACACAACUCUUGUCUUGAGCAGGCUCAAAAAGUGAUGCACGUCUCUUCAGCAGAACUGAAUCAUUCACUGCUGUAUGACUCUAAGCACCGAAUAUGUAAUGCCUCUAAUGCAACGCAGCAUGACUCCAAUGCUUUUAAUGUAGAUUCUUCCAUGUCUGUAGCAGAUCCUUAUUUUUCAUCAUUGUGUCCAAGUAGCACUGGUUCUAAGAUGUCUCUUAAUUUACUGGAGAAGCAAGAUAGAACUGAUUCACCUUGUUCUUCAUUACCAACAUGCUCUACAAGCCUCUUUUCUUACAACAAUUCACAUGAUUCUUUAGCACUGAAUUCUCUAACCAGUUCUGUCACACCACUGAACCAAGAGACAGCAGUAGUUGCAACUUCUCCAAGGAUAGAUGAUGAAAUUCCCCCUCCCCUUCCUGAACGGACACCUGAAUCUUUUAUUGUCGUAGUGGAAGCUGGAGAAUUACCACUGAGUAUUCCCAAAUCCUUAUCUUCAGCUAUGAAUGUAAAAAUUGGAACAUCACUAGAAUGGGGUGGAACAUCUGAAACAAAGAAAUUUGAUGACUGUGUGAGACUUAGACCAAGCAAGAGUGUAAAACUCCGGAGUAUCAAAUCAGAUUUACAUCAAGAUCGUUCUUCUCCUCCACCACCUCCACUGCCAGAAAGAACCCGAGAGUCCUUCUUUCUUGCUGAUGAAGAUUGUAUGCUGACUCAAUCUCUAGAGACUUAUUCAACUAGCUGCCCUAACACCAUGGAAAAUCCAACAUCUUCAAAACAGACACUGAAGACUCUUGGAAAAAGUUUCACGAGGAGUAAGAGUUUGAAAAUUUUACGCAACAUGAAAAAGAGUAUCUGUAAUUCUUCCCCAUCAAACAAGCCUGCAGACUCUGUUCGGUCAAGUAACUCUAGCUCCUUCCUGAAUUUUGGUUUUGCAAAUCGUUUUUCAAAACCCAAAGGACCAAGGAACCCACCACCAACUUGGAAUAUUUAACACAAUUUUGGAAUAUAGGCUGCAAGUGCAUCUGCAAAAAAAUGUACUAGAAUA